GAUAGCUAACGUUAAUGUAAUUAUACAGCAAUGAAUGUAACAGUAACGUUAGCCUUACUUUUUUGAAUAUCCUGAUGAAACAGCCUAUUAUUAUUUGGAUUGCUUCACGACCAGACACAAUUUGUGGACACCCGCGUGAUCGACUGAAAAUGUGUAAAUGUUGACAUGAAUGGCAUCAUAGUCCAAACUUUUAUGGUAGCCUAUCUUGCUAGCUGGCCAAGCAAGUUUACUUUUACACAGGUGUAAGAUCUAAAGAUAACGUAACUUGUCCUACUGACAUAGCCCACUUUGAUGGGCCGUGAACCAAGUUGAAGGCAGAACAUUAUAAUGGCAUUUAACUUACACCCAGAUUCGCACUAACUUCGUCUCCCUUUGUAUAAAAUGCUGGUGAUAUUCCAGCCCAUUCUUCUAGGAUGAGUCUCCCUGUGCCCUUGGGCGUUGUUUGGACUUAAGAAUACCAAAACACUGAACACUAAGGCGGUUGUUGUUUGUGCAAACUUUCUGAUCGGCCUGUCUAAGCACUGCGUAAUUUGGACCUGAUCCAUGGCUAGCCUGCAGAUACGACGCUAUGAGGAUGAUGACGAGGAGAUGGUGAAGGAGAUCUUCACUAUGGGCAUGAGCGAACACGUUCCCUCUUCGUUCGUGCACCUGCUCAAGCAGCCACUGAUGCAGAUGUUAUGUGUGUGUGUGUUUUGCACGCUAAUGGCCACCUCCAAAUCGGUCAUCCUUCCCAUCCUCGCAGUAACGCUGCUCCUGGCCGGUGGUCGACAGCUGGUGUCCUACCUGUUCAACAGCUACAUCGACGAGUCCAUGCGGCGGGAUCUGAACAAAAUACAGGAAACCUACAUCAGCUCACCAAACUCCUGCUUUUGGGUGGCGGAGAGUGACGGGCGCGUGGUGGCCACAGUGGCAUGUCUGCCGGCCGAGAAGCAUCCUGAUUGUUUGGAGCUCAAGCGCAUGUCCGUAAAGCGCUCGCACCGUGGCCAGGGAAUCGCCAAAGCGCUGUGUCGCACAGUGGCCGAAUUUGCACGUUCUCGCGGCUACCUGGGCGUGGUUCUCUAUACAUCUGUGGUCCAGACAGACGCUCAACGCCUGUAUGAGCACGUUGGUUACCAGAGAGUACGACAGUUUGUUGUUCCGGAGUUCUUUGCCAAAAUCACAAACUUCUCCCUAAUUGAAUACAGACUGGACGUCCAACCUUCACCACAAUAAGAAUGGAACUGUGGGCAUUUGAUUAUUUUUCAGUGUGUGUGAAAUUAUUUUCAUUCAAAUACCAACAACCUCAAAAACUACUGUUGAAUGAAAAGUAACCCGUAUCUGCCACAUUUCUAUACUUGUACAAGUUUUGAGGGACCGUGUGACCUGUCUAAUCAUGUGCAUUGAUCUUGUGAUCAUUGUGCAAUAACCAUGGUCUUUUCAAAAGGUCAGUCUACUACGUUUUCAUGAAAUGCUCCCCCUGGUCAGUCUAUAUGUUCAGCUAACCUCAGUGAGUGGUUUUUAUUGCCAGUGCAAUACGUGGCCUCAUGACUCAAACUCAUAAGCGUGCUGCAUCUUCCUUCCUCAAACCUAGGAAACUGUUUGUUACACUUUCAACUGGCUGGGUGUAUUUUGUCUGUGAAUAUGUGACUCAUAGGGCCCUGCUUUUAAUGGUAGUCCAAAGUUGUCAUGCAAGAACUUUAACUAUCCUGUGUUACUGUAUGUGGGAGUAUUGAGCUGACUCAAUGUUUGUGGUUAAAGUUUUCCCCGUGGUGUUAAAGGAGCAAAUAGAUUUGGUUAGACUUAAGACUUUGCACUUUAUCUAUCGUUCAAAUCAGGGCCCAUAAUGUUGUAUGCAUAUAAAAUGGAGUCAGAGAAUUUCUCCUCAGGCUUCUCUAAACAUCUGUUCAGCGUUUACUUAAACUGUACUGCACUGUCUCUACAACACCCUGGUUCUGUUACCAGGGAACAAGCAUAAUGGCACGCACAAAACCACAAACAAUCCCACCCAAUCAACGCAGUGAUUCAUGGGUGCAUUUUGAUUGGCUGAUAUCAACCACGUUUCUCAUGACUGAAAUGCAGACUGUAUCCUUAACCUUUAACUCAUGCAGAUAACCACGGCAACUUCCUAAAACUAUUAUUCACCAGACUAUACUGGAUACAAGUGUUUUCAUGACAUUUCAAGUCAGUUAGUUAGGAGUUUCCUAGUGUCAUUUCAUUUUGGGGUCUUGUGUUUCAAUGAGAAGUGUCUCACUUGCUGUGUAGGAAGACUUGAACAUGAAUCUAAUAUGGCAUCAUUUAUUGUGUAGCUGUAGGUCGGCAAAGGGAAACGCCUGUUAAUACUGAACUCUCUUUACAUAAAAAACUUUUUCAGUAAAUUAAAUCUCAGUCUGAGUAGGCUUUUAGCUGCCUUGAGACAAGUCUUGAAGUGCUUGAAUUUUUAUACCUAAGUUCUUACAUGGUGGCAGUGCUACAACAAUCCACUCAGUUUCACAAAUGUUUGAGAAUUGUUUUGAAUAUAAUACUGUUACUUUUUAAGCCUAUUAAAAUAAAAUAAAAAACCCAAAUCUUUAUGGAGGAA